AUGGGCAAGUUUAGAAAAGAUGACCAAGAUGACGGUGAAGAUGAUGAUGACGAUCAUGACAGUGGUGAUAGAUGCGAUGUAAGGGACGAUGUCACCUCCCUCCAUCAUACGUGCUCUGAAAGAAGAACUUCUGUGAAUUUUGCCGCAGUAACCUUUCUCUGCUCGAACAUCAACAGACACCGCCGCCUGCCUAAGCAGUCACGCUCUUGGCCGGGACUCGCCUCUCCACGAUUGUGCAUCUCCGGGUCGGAAAACACGGGCCGGAAGGAAGAGCUUUCGCGCUCUGCUUGCCAGCUGAAACAGACACCCAUGUACAUUCACACACCAUUAAUUACACGAUUUAUACACAGCAUACAUUUACAACAUGCGCUACACAACACCUCCUGGGGCACUAGAUUGGAUGACUCCUGUGUUUGCGUGAGCCUUGGUUUGAGACUCGGAGCCCAGAUCGUCACCGAGUACGAAUGCGCAUGUGGGGCAAGGGUUGAUGAACUUGGAUACCAUAGCCUUUCUUGUCGUCUAGGUCCUGGAAGACAAGCCAGACAUACGGCUGUCAACGAAUACCUGGUACGAUGUUUUCAAAAGGCUGGUAUCCCGGUUAUAAAAGAACCCAUGGGUUUGAUAGAGGAAGGAGCCUUUAGGCCUGAUGGUUACACUAUCACCCCAUGGGCUCAGGGACGGUCCCUGGCUUGGGACGUUACCUUACCCCACACUAUGACUGACCGAUAUAUCGGCUACACUUCAGUGGAGGCGGGCACUGCUGCCCUUAAAGCGUCCGAUUUCAAAAAUGAAAAAUACGUUUCAUUAAACAAUUUAAGCAAAAUAUUUCAACCCAUUUGCAUUGAAACGUUCGGACCAACAGAUAAGCACACAUCAUUAUUUAUUAACGAAUUAACAAGAAAAAUAGUUAAUAUAACGGGUGAUCCUAACGAAGGCAAUUAUUUAAAACAAACUCUUUCACUUUUAUUACAAAAAUUUAAUUCCUUUUGCAUUCUGGAUGGAGCUGCUAGAUACCUGACUGUGCGAGACCAGGGACAUAGAUAA